AUGACGACUGUCGAACAGACGGUUACGAUGUCGACGACUACGGAUCCGUUAGAUUCUCUUGAUACGUCAAUAAUUCAUAUUCGUUCGAGUUUUGUGAUUCUGAUUUGGUUUGAGAUUGUUACUGCAUGUCUUCUUUACGGUCUAGGAUUUCUUGGCAAUAUUCUUUCAUUGAUUAUUUUCUAUUCAUUGGGUGAAUUUCGUCGGAUUUCCACGGGUUAUUUCUUUCUCCUGACAACAAUUUCGAAUAGUUUUCAUCUAUGGACAUUAAGCACGGAAUUCCUCGGUAUUUUCAAUGUUUACAUUUACCCUGAUGCAUUUUUACAAUGCCGAUUGAACUUCUUUGUACAGAAUGUCAGUCGAGCGAUUAGUACGUAUUUAGCGAUCGGCAUUGCAUUGGACCGUUUGAUUCGUUCCGAGUUACCGAUACGUUCAAGGGUCAUUUGUACGCGUCGAAACGCAGCUAUCUAUGCACUUGUUAGUCUGAUCACUUUCGCAUGCAUAUGGUCCCUGUGGCUUUGUCCGGAAAUUACUCAAGACCCGAUUACUGGUCAGUGUAUCUACAAUAAAUCGCCGGUAUUGUAUUUUUAUUUAACACAAGUUCAAAGUCCGGUACGAUUCAUUCUUGUGUGCAUUAUUCCAGUAAUUGUGAUGAUCGCAGCCAAUAUACGUAUGCUAUACAAUAUGCGUCAAUCACAUCGACGAGUUGCUGACCAUGUAGAAACCGUUACUGCUGUAGCGGCACAACCAGCAUUAUUGACACAGAAACGAACUUUUCGACGAAUGACUGCCUUAGAUCGAAUGCUAUUCUACAUGAUGGUAGCCAAUGUUGGUACAUUUAUUGUCACACAAAUACCAUUUCAUGUAUACACAUUAGUCCGCGUAUACUAUCCAGUCUUGGAUCAAUUCACGCAUUCGUUGGUGCGAGCAAUGCUUUUAAUCUGGUCAAGUCUUUAUUUUGGCCUCGGAUUUUAUUUGUAUUGUUUUGCAUCUCCACUCUUUCGAGAGAAAUUUGUUAUGUUCAGCAAAAAAGUAUUUCAAUGCUUUCAACGUCGGUGA